UACCAGUCAGAAUGGGGGCGGGUGCUUCCGGUCCGUCAAGGUGUAUGUUCCUCGGCGCUAAGCUAAGGGAGACUUUCGUGUUUCCCGUGCUGCGCUGGUGCCCGCUGUGAGGAGAGCCCAGCGAGCUCGUGCUAUGCCAUGGAUGCAGUUACCUAUAAGGAUGUGCAUGUGAACUUUACUCAUGAAGAGUGGGCUUUGCUGGAUCCUUCCCAGAAGAGUCUCUACAAAGAUGUGAUGCUGGAAACCUGUGAGAACCUCACUGCUAUAGGCUACAAAUGGGAAGAUCAGAAUAUUGAAGAACAUUGUCAAAGUUCUAGAAGACAUGGAAGGUAUAUCAUCUGUCACUCAGGAUACAAGCCAUGUGAUCCUAAGGGAUAUGGAAGGAAGCAAUGUACCUCUCUUUCUCCCAGAAAAAUUAGAAGAUAUAUAGUAGUUCCCACUACGAGAAGAGUUCGUAAAUGUGAUACAAGUGUACAAUUAAUUGGAUUUCCAACUGCAGUGGGAAUACAUCUACAUACUUACACUGGAGAAAAGCCUCAUGAGUACAAGGAAUACGGAAAUUCUUCUGUUCGUCCUGGUUCAUGUUGCACAUGUAAUGUGACUCAUACUACAGGAAAAUUUUAUGAAUGCAAUCAAUGUGGUAAAGCCUUUGCAUAUCAUAGUAAUCUUCAAAUACAUAAAAGAACACAUACUGGAGAGAAACUUUAUGAAUGCAAUCAAUGUCUUAAAGCUCUGAGUUCUUCUAGCUCUCUUCAAAGUGAUGAAAAAACUCAUACGGGAAAAGGAUGCCAUAAAUGUGAGCAAUGUACUAAAGUCUUUAAUGAUUAUAAGUAUCUUCAAACACUCAAAAAAUCACAUAAUGAAGAAGAAACCUAUGAAUGUAAACAACUUGAUAAAUCAUUUAGAUCUGAUUUCUCUUUACAAUUACACCAAAGACCUCUUUUGAAAAUAAAACCUUAUGAAUAUAAUCAAGGCAAUAAAGACUUUGCAUAUUAUAGUCAUCUUCAAGUACCCAGAACUCAUACUAAAAAGAAACAGUAUAAAUGUCAUCAAUGUGGAAAAGCCUUUGCACGUCCUAGUCAUUGUCAAAUACAUGAAAGAACUCAUACUGGAGACAAACCCUAUGAAUGUAAUCAAUGUGGCAAAGCCUUUUCACAGAACAGUCUUCUUCAGAGGCACGAAAGAAGUCAUUCUGGAGAGAAACCCUAUGGGUGUAAUCAGUGUGGUAAAGCCUUUGCACGAAAAAGUCAUCUUCACCGGCAUGAAAGAAGUCAUGCUGGAGAAAAACCUUAUGAAUGUAGUCAAUGUGGUAAAGCCUUUGCACAUAACAGUCAUCUUCACAGGCAUGAAAGAAGUCAUUCUGGAGAGAAACCCUAUGGAUGUAAUCAGUGUGGUAAAGUCUUUGCUCAAAAAAGUCAUCUUCACAGUCAUGAAAGAAAUCAUACUGGAGAGAAACCCUAUGGAUGUAAUCAAUGUGAUAAAGCCUUUACAUGUUCAAGUAGUCUUAAACAACAUGAAAGAAGUCAUACUGGAGAGAAACCCUAUGAAUGUCAUCAAUGUGGUAAAGCCUUUAUAGAUCCUAGUAGUCUUAAACAACAUGAAAGAUGUCAUACUGGAGAGAAACCCUAUGAAUGUAAUCAAUGUGGUAAAGCCUUUGCAAGUAAUGGCAAUCUUCAAAGACAUGAAAGAAGUCAUACUGGAGAGAAACCAUAUAAAUGUUGUCAAUGUGGUAAAGCCUUUUCAACUCGCAGUUAUCUUCAAAUGCAUGAAAGAAAUCAUACUGGAGAGAAACCCUAUAAAUGUAAUCAAUGCGGGAAAGCCUUUGCACAGAAAGGUUAUCUUCAGAAACAUGAAAAAAAUCAUACUGGAGAGAGACCCUACAGAUGUAAUCAGUGUGGUAAAACUUUUGUACAUAGCAGUCAUCUUCAAAAUCAUGAAAGAAUACAUACUAGAGAGAAAUUUCAGGAGCCUAAUAAAAGAGGUGAACUUUUGCACACCAGGCAAAAACUCCAUCAUUUUGGAGAUGCCAGUACUAUGGGGUGUCCACCACGACCAUCAGCAGUGGUGAAGUGGAACCAGUCAGAGCCUAGAAGAGAAAUUUUGUGUACUGUAGAGGGUGUAGCCAGAGAAGUGACCCAAGCCCUUUGGAGAAGCCCUGAGGAUUGUGAGUGUGUCCCAGUCCUUGGAUGUUGAGUUAUUUAUACUGUUAGAGGUUGGUUUUGUUUUUUUCAGGUGACUACCAUGCUUCUUUCUUGAAGGGAGAAGAUAUUUAAUUUUGACUUUUUACAAGUUGAAAGAAUUUUUAAUAUGUUUGAAUUUGUAAAAAUUGUGGGACAUUUAUUAAAGUUAUUUAUGUUUUUAA